AACUGAACCGGUGCCGGGAUGAUGCAAUCCCAUGCGCCGUUCCACCGAUUCCUUUCCCCAAAUUUACAUUUUCAAUCUUUCCCUUCUCAAAUGAAAAUGUCUUCUAAUCUCUAUCCCCUUCGCUAUACAUUACAGGGUGAUCCAUACGUGCAAUCAGGCGCAUCUCGAUCUGUUCGCGGAUACGAUUGAUGGGGGAAGGGGCGACGCCGGGCAGUCCAAUUGACGAGAUGGGAUUCGACGACGCGGCGGAUGAAUUCCCGUUCGACGAUUGCAGCGACGUGUUCUCCGAUGCCGAAAUGGACGGUGACGGUUCGGUCACACUUCCGGGCCCUAAAUUGAAGAUCGAAAAUCGCAAGUCCUGUUCGCCGGCGACGAUUCGACGCCGUCGGCGACCCUUCUCCCGGUCCACGUCGUGCUUUGACUCUCCCGAUGCUAGCUCGUUGGUGAGCGCAGAGAAUGUUUCAAGUUUGAAAGGAACAGGCUUGGGAUGUUCGAAUGAAUUGAAGGAAAUUGAGAAGCAGGGAAAUAUGGAAUCCCAUAACAUGAACGGAGAUAGAAAGCCGGGGAAUUUAGAUCCCUUUGAGGUCAGUUCAAGCUCAGGAAGACUAGAAAGUGGGAUGAGCGAAGAGAGGAAUCUGAAUUCCGUCGUCAUGGAUAGGGAAACUGAACAUGAUAGCUUUCCGAGAGCUGAUUUAAAUACAAGCGAAACCGAUGAUUCAAGUAUUCUGUUAGUUUUAUCUGAUUUAGUAAUAAAGGCCAUAACUCUUCAAGUUAAUUUACUUUUAAUUGUCUUUAGUUUCACAACUAAGUUCUUCUUGUGUCCCAUAAGAACAAUAUACUCCGUCUAUAUGUUUGUGAUGGACCCAUUUUGUGUUGCAAGGCAAUUGAAACAGUAUUUGCUGAAAAAGUGUGUUAUGGUUUUCAGUUAUGUGUUUGGAAAGGCUUUGGGUUUGGUGUCUGAAUGGUUGAAAGAACGUAGAUCAUUUUGGAGGUUAGGGAUGAAGUGUGGAUGGGGGCUUUUGUGCUCAAUAUAUGUAGCUGUUCUUUUGAUGGGGUUAUUGGUGCUGGGUUUUCUAACGGGUGGUUUCUUGAUAAGUCACUUGGUGGAAGAACCGAUGAAGAUGGUGGAGAGUUUGAAUUUUGAUUAUACAGAGAAAAGCCCAGUGGCAUUUGUGCCGAUCACGGGAUGUCAGGGGCUGAGUGGGAAAAUUGAUUAUAGGGAUCAUCAGCUGGAUGUUGGUCAGGUUGAUGGGAUGCAUUUCAGUAUCCCUCCUAAGCAUAAGUUGUCUGCCACUGUUUCAUUGACACUUCCGGAGUCAGAUUACAACAGAAACCUUGGAGUUUUUCAGGUAAGGGUUGAUCUCCUAACGUCCAAUGGUAUGGUACUUGCAAGCUCAAGGCGCCCGUGCAUACUUCACUUUAAAAGCCAGCCAAUACGCCUUCUCUCGACUUUCCUCAAGACAGCAUCACUCAUCACAGGCUACACCUCAGAAUCCCAAGAGUUGGCUGUAGAAUUCAAAGGUUUGACCCAAGGUGAUAUGCCAACUGCCUGUGUGAGGGUAACCAUAGAGCAAAGAGCUGAAUUUCACCCGGGAGGAGGGCUUCCUCAGCUAUACGCUGCGUCUCUGGUUGUCGAGUCUCAGCUUCCCCUGCUGCAAAGGCUAAUUUGGUAUUGGAAGACAACUCUGUUUGUUUGGAUUAGUUUGACGUUAUUCUCGGUGGAGUUGGUGUUUGCUCUACUCUGCUGCAAGCCUCUUAUCUUCCCGAGAAUACGGUUGAUGCAAGCUGCUCCUACUCAUAAUCCUUCAAACCGAGGUUAGUGAAUCGCCCUUCAUUUUACAGUAAGUUAUAGGUGUUAGUGUUUUCAAAUAACCCUAAAGAAAAAGGCUCUCUCUCUCUCUCUUGUACCUGAAGCCGUGUGAUUCAAUGCAUAUGUUUGUGUUAAAUUUGUACAGUACAGGUCUCUUUCUCAAAUAUUAGUUCAUUACAAGAAGAAAUACAGAAAAAGAGAGAGAAGAUUUGUCUAGAUAAUAGUCUCUUUGGAAUGGUGAAUAUU